AUGUCUAAAUUACCUGAAUUCAAGAUUCCAAAUGUCGUGGAUCCCAAAUUGUGGCCAAAUCCUCGCACCAUGAGUCCACAGUAAUUGCAAACAUACACAUCGUUGGAUAUGGUCAAAUUGAACUACACAUUCAAAACUUUGAAGAAAUCAGCACCAUACAUUGUCGGAGUGUUGGCUGGAUGCUUCUUUACUAAGUUGGUAGUUGAUGGAGUUGUGAAAGGAUUCAUUUUUGGUGAGAAUGGUACUCUUCUUAUGUUAUCUGUAGGGAAUGGUGGAAAACUCUUGGAAAUGAAGACAUACAACAGCAUUGGUGAUUACACUUACAAUAGAUAAUUCUAGAGAAUGAGAUAUCUCACUGAAUUGCCAGCAGGUACACUUUAGUUGUUCUAUAUAUAUUUCUAUAGGCGAUGAUCCUCUUGUGAAGACCAGCGAUUAUUUAUUGCAUGACUUGGGUGUCACAACUCAAUAAUUUGGAGUUUAGCAUGGUGUUGUCAAAAAGGUGCCACACGAUAAGUAUCUAUUGUGAGUAAU